AGAAAAUGAAAAGGAGGCGGGCCUGAUCUCUUUUAUUGAGAUUAUUUCUUAAAUUUUACCCUGCACUUAUGUGUUUUAGAUGCCGUAAACGCGCGGAGACAGUGUGGGGACACCCGGUGGCAUGACUGAAGUCCCGUGUGCGCGGUUUGACGAAGUAGUGCGCCGACUGUGUUGGGGACCUCGCGCCGGCCGAGAGUAGACUGUGUGGGUGAAGGCAGAGCGGUCCUGCCCCCUUCAAUGACCAGCCUUCAGUGCUGCUAGUGAUAAAAGCUUCGCUGGCGACUCUGCAACCAUGGAAGUCUACAAUGAGUAUUCUUAAGUAGUAUUACUGCUGAGCACAUAGCCCGUAGUUGAACGGUUCCAGUAUGCCCGACCGGUGGUGCUCCAUGAGGCUCUCGGUUGCCUGAUAUUACCGCUACAGGCCUGCUUUUUCCAUCUGGAAAUUUCUUGGCAGGGGAAAGCAGGCCAGCUAGCACCGCUUUUCCGCGCUGCAUAUCUGGGCUUUGACGGCCAAUGACCACACCAUUAAUAGUGUUGUUCAUCAAUUAGAGGACUCUUUAACGCCAAGAAGUAUUUUAUGGGAUUCAUAUCGGCGAAUGAGAAGCGGGCCUAAGCCAAAAUGGUGAACUGGAGGCGGCUGCUGCGAAUGUCCAACCGAUCGUUUCUGGCCUUCAUAUUCUUCUUCUCCAUGUCCACCACUUGUCUCUACUUCAUUUAUGUGGCUCCUGGAAUAGCCAACACAUACUUCUUCAUGGUGCAGGCUCAGGGCAUCAUGUUGAGGGACAAUGUGAGGACCAUCGGCCAGAUGAUUCGAUUGUACACCAACAAGAACAAUACGCUCAACGGGACGGACUAUCCUGAUGGCAGUAACUCCAGUGAAUACCUGGUGCAGCCAACCACAUACCUCCCUGAGAACUUCACCUACGGCCAGAACCUCCCCUGCCCAGAGCGAUUACCUUCUAUGAAGGGCCUUAUGGAAGUAAACAUGACAGAGAUCCCUAUGGAGGAGAUAGAACUCAAGUUCUCCAAGUUUUUUGACAUUGAGUUUGCAGGCCAUUGGAAACCAAAGGACUGCAGGCCUCGCUGGAAGGUUGCCAUCCUGAUUCCAUUCAGAAACCGCCAUGAACAUCUCCCCAUCCUCUUCCAACACCUCAUCCCAAUGCUGCAGAGACAGCGGCUGCAGUUUGCCUUCUAUGUCAUUGAACAGAGUGGAAGCCAGCCUUUCAAUAGAGCCAUGCUGUUUAACGUGGGAUUCCUGGAGGCCAUGAAGGACUUGGACUGGGACUGCUUGAUCUUCCAUGACGUUGACCACAUCCCAGAAAACGACCGAAACUACUAUGGCUGUGGUCAGAUGCCACGCCACUUUGCUGCCAAGCUGGAUAAAUACAUGUACAUUCUUCCAUACAGUGAGUUCUUUGGUGGCGUGAGUGGACUCACUGUGGAGCAGUUCCGCAAGAUUAAUGGCUUUCCUAAUGCAUUCUGGGGCUGGGGAGGAGAGGAUGAUGACUUGUGGAACAGGGUUCACUAUGCUGGUCUGAAUGUCACGCGACCAGAGGGAGAGAUCGGCAAGUACAAGUCGAUUCCUCACCACCAUAGAGGAGAGGUUCAGUUCCUCGGGAGGUAUAAACUGCUGAGGUACUCCAAAGAGCGGCAACACUUGGACGGCCUCAACAACCUCCAUUACAGCCCCCACGUCUCCCUCAGCAGCCUCUACAAGAACAUCACGGUGGACCUGUACCCCGAGCUCGCCCCUAUCGCAGACUACUGAACCCCCCCAACCGCCACCAACCCCCACCCAACCUCUCCUCCACGCCUCUGGCUCACCCAGCUCCCCUCUGGCCUGGCCUCCUUGCGCCGUAUUCAGCCAGCCAGAGGCAGAGCAGCAGUGUAGCGGAGGAGAGGAGGGGGGGCCCAGGCUGGGAGGGGUGAAGAGGUGCACCAUGUAAUGCUGCCAAGAAAUGUUAGCGAGGAAAAAAAAUCCAAACCGAAAAAAAAGAAGAAAAAAUGAAGAGGCAGUCUCUCACAGUGAACUGUUGAGAGUGUGUGUGUGUAUGUGUGUGUGUGUGUGUGUGUGAGAGAGAGAGACAGAUGGGUAGAAAGAGAGGGAGAUGGAUGAGUUGCUGCAUGUCUUUUUGUCCGUGCCGGCUUCACUACUACAGUUGACAUGAGUUGGUUUAGGUUGGAGGGAGCAGCAGCAUCUCAGCUCUGAUGUUUACUGCAAAGCCUUAAUGUGGCAGAACCACAGCUCCCUCCACUCGGCUCCGCACUGCUUCACUUCUGAUGUAUCACCGUCACCUUACAAGCCAACAGACAAGUUUUUGUCUCACUUUCUACUAUCAUUUGUUUUAUACAUAUCAUUUUGUUAGGCCACAGCAUUCCUUUAAAAGGAGGGAUCUGGGCGAGGUGGACAUUAAUGUUGGUGAUGUACAUUUUUUUUUUUUAUUUUGAUACGUGGUAUUUAUUUUCUCUGAUUCAGGAUGUUUGAAGAAGCACUCCUGUCUGCGUCACUCAAAUGUUUGCUGUUUGUUUUGCUGCACUGCUGCUGAAUUCGCAUGAACAUGUAUGUAAAUAUCGGCCUCUUAAAGCUCGAACACAACACAACAAUAUGUAAAUAUGGGCCUUUAAAUGCUCGAGCGUAUUACAGUGAUAUUCCAGUGGGUUUGAAUUUUAUUUUGGCAGCUACCUUUGUUCUAAGGAUUUCAUAAGAGUGAGUGGUUUCUUCCAAACAGGAAGCUCUUCUAAAAAUAUAGGAUGUUUGACUUAAAACAAAAAAAAAAACAGGAGUAUCCAGAUCUUAAGAUUUGACAUUAUCUUUUGCAUGCCUUAAUUUAUUUUGUUUACCAGGUUUUAUUCUUUUCAAACUUAAAUUAUUUCAUCAGUUAGAGAUGUGUAUAUUCCUAAUUUUGCCUUUUGUUGUGCUUUAUUUUUUUUUCCUUUGAGGUGCACUGUGUGAAAAGAGUAGAGCUGCUCCUCAGAAGGAGGGAGGCGUGACCGAGUCUCUCCUCCAUGGCUUUAUACAGGGAGCAGGGUCGGCCAUUACAGCAGGAGUGUGUCCACACAACAUGCUUUAGUGCAGGGUCAUGGUUUCAUGUGAGAGUGUAUAUUUUUUGUCGAAGAUGUGUUCUCAUAUUUUGAUUUUUUUUUUUUUUUUAAAUGAUUUUUAUUCUAAUGAUUUAGUGCUGGGCCAUGUGAUAAUGCUUUUCAUUGUACCGCACCAUGCGCUGAAGCAUGGGGAUUUGGGCUGGAUGCUGUGUGUCUGGACUGUGGUGUUACUAUUUUCUAAGCUUGUCAGGCAGUCAGAAGGGCCAGAAUGAGAGAACCUUAGUGUCAGCUCCUCACAGCUGAAGCUACUACUGUUCUUGAAUGGCACACGCUGUGAAAAGUUUGAUUUCUUAAAGCUUUGAGCACUAUAAAGCAGGAGAGAAACGUGUAGGCAGAUUAUCUUUGACCAGAUGUUCACUGUUAACAUGUCUUCUACAUCUGUAGGUUUUCAAUUUGACCAUGUGUUAGGACAGUGUCCUAAGGUGUUUAAAUGAAACUCUGGCCAUUUUACCCAGACCUUACUUCCUGUCGUAUCAGACUAUUUAAUCUUGUUACUUCACAACGGCUCCCUCAGAGGGCCCUAUACACUGUGCAAAUUUGGUUCAUCAGUCACAUCUCACUGUGAGACUCGUUCACCAGUGGCCAGUUUAUGCUUUGGUGACCAAAGACACGGAAGAACUUUAGAACAAAAUAGUUUCUAUACGACUGCUGCAGACCCACAUUUACAAACCAACCAAUCAGAAUGAGAAACACACUGUUAUAUACACACACCACACAAGCAGGGUGCCAUAAAUAUCAAUGGUGUCAUAAGUUUUCUUUUUAAAUUUUGUUUUAAUGUAGUGAAAAUGUUGAGAAUGAACUCCAUUUAAUACCUGUUCUGGAGCUUUGUGUCCUACCACGUGAUCUUCAUCAACAGAUGGAGUUUGCCUCUUGGUCAUUGAGUUGCACAAGGAUAGAUGGUAGCACAUAGACAACUGGGCAAAAUCUGUCUGCUGAUGAUCAUGUGAAAUCAUUGAAAGCUCCUGAGGAACUACUGCUGGUCCUUGUCAUGAGAUGAAUUGUCAACCGAAAAGAAAAAAAAUGAAUGUACAUUUUUAAAACGUGAUUUCAGCAGAUUGAUGAUGCGUGCUGAUAGAUUAGUUGUUUUCUCAAAUGUGAAUAUAUAUAUAUAGUUUAUGUUAAAGUGAAUAUCUUUUGGGUUUGAACUGUCAAUUAGACAAAGCAAGCAAAUUGAAGACGUGACAUUGGACACAUUGGACAUUCUAAUUAACUUUUAUAUUUCUGUUGUAGUGCUGUGACUGACAAAGCAUUCUGAUGUGCCUAAUUAUUGACCUGAUACAGUCAAACUGAUGAUGAUGGAUGAUUCAUACAAUGAAUCCCACAGUGCCCAGGGUCUGCAGUCCUGUUGGCUUGGUGUCUCUCUCCUGUCAGCACCAACAGGCUUAAUUUAAAGGGGUGACACUCUAUGUUUCACUUCAUCCAUGGCCUCAUAACCAAAAGUGUUAAUUUUGCACCACUUUUCACAUGGGUGCUGACUCGUGUUGUUACAGAGCAAGUGCUGUGUUGUGUACUGUUCAUAUUUGGACACCGGUCCAAAUUUAGUAAAGCAGGUAAUGAGAUAUAGUUGACAAUAGAUGGAUAAGUAAGAUGAAGGAAAGUAGGUUUCAGGUAUGAAAUGGCCAGAGUGAUGGUACCAAUGUAUUUUCUAUAGUUUGAAAGCAUUACAUUUCUGUCAGGAUACCCAGGGUUCCUCUACACAACCACUGCAAGAACUUUUGGAAAAGGCAGUCUUAAAGCCACGGUGGAUAUAUUCUGACCUCAUCUGCCCCCACCCUUCUCCCAAAAGCUCUUGCAGCAGGAAUCGUCAAAGCGGCUUGUAUAUGUUUACAGUUUUUUUUUUAUUUUAAGUCUGACGUAGCUGAACCUCACGCUACAACACAAUCAGUUCAGUCACAAAGCUUUAACACUUGACAACACAUGAAUCAGACGAGCGCCUCCUUUAGCCGUGCUCUUUCCUGUUUGAAAAGCGUUGAUUUAGCAGAUAAUUCUCUUGUGUUAUGCCUUUCUUCGCUAAGUACCACAAGAAGUCAGCCCUGUUUAGAGGUUGCUGGCAAUGAUGUGACUGUGUGUGACGUGGCUGCUCCCUUCAACAAAACACAACCUAUUUUUGGCUCUUGAUCAGCUGGUUGGAGCCCAAACCGACUGAAUCGUCGGGUAAAGUGGUCAAGUGCAGUGUUAGUAAAACUGGUGGAGGUUAACAGUCCUUAAACAACUGAAGCAGAAGUAUGUAAGGUCAAAACUGACACCAUCACCAAGUAUUAAAACGACAAAGUCCCAGAUUUGUUUUACACAUUGUUUUACUUUCAUUUUCUUCUGCCUGUUUAAUUCAGAGAGCAGCAUCAUAAUGAAUUAAUGUAGGAACAGUGGGUGUUUGCCAACAUGAGGUGGUGUUGGAGAAGGUGUGACAAGGCUGUCUGCAUGUAGCGCUUAACAUCAGGCUACAUUCCAUUAUCAGUAUGUGGUUUGCAUGGCUGAAGCAAACACUGGUCCAGAUGACAACUGGAAAUAAUCUCUCUUGAAUCCCUUUUCUAAACUGUUAGUAUUCGCCCUCAGCUCUGUGUGGGUGUCGGGUCAGUGGGUGCCGGUCCUGCAGCCAUUUUUUUUUUUUUCACGUGUCAUGUCACCAUUUGGAUGCUGUGUUCACCAUGAGACAACUGUAUUCCAUUUUGCAGUAUUUAUUUGUGCCUUAAGUUCUUUUUCUUUCUUUUUCACUUUGCAUUCUAAUUGAAGAGAUUACAAAUGUUUUUUUGUUUACCUGAGUUGUCAUGUUUUCUCCCCUUCAUGUUAUUCAUAUCAGGUCAGACUGAGUGUGAAAUAUGUUCAUGAUAUGAAUCCAAAAGAUAUGUUUAUGGCUGCCUUGAAAUCAUUUAAUAAUCCUGUGACUGCCGGUGGGUCAUGUUCAACAAAAGCUUUGCCCGUAUGCACUAAGACUGAGCUGCACUGAGGGCUGUGUGCACAUUCUGUGCAUGUCCCUGCCAUUUAAGUUUUCUUUUAAUUCCUAAACAAUUCAUAGAAACCAAACAUCAGUCUUAAAAAAAAAAAAGAAUGAACACAAGCACAUAUCCUUCUAUCUUCAACAAUUUCAAGCACAACUUGCUGAAGCUUUGAGGCUAUUCCACAAACUUUACCCUAAAACUCUCCUAUAGCCUUCUACAUGCAUGGCCUAUCCUACAAACACAUAUAUGGAGAAACUGUGUCAUUUCCAUCUAGUCCCCAUAGACCAUGAUGACCAGAGCAGACACACAGCGGCUUUGCUUUUGUGAACAGCGCUGCAGGCAGCUUUCCACUGAUGAGCAGUAACUGAACAGCAUGAUGUUGUGAAGUGUCCAAGUUGGCGAUUCGACACAUUCAUCCCUGUGUUAAAUUACCUGGGUUCCAGUAUUUUCCAUUACUUUAAUUUUUAUACAUUGUAUGAAAACGUUCCUUUCUUUGACACUCAAUAACAAGCUAACUGAUAGAUCCAUACCUACCGGCCACUUCACAGAUAUAUCCCUGUUGGCCUUUGUGCUGGUGCAUCCAGAAAUGCCAAAUAUAUGAAAGUGUUCCUGUUGCAUAAUUUGUCCACCAGAUAGUAUUAGUCAUUUUCAACUGCAAAAUGUCCCGAACCACAUUCUAAGAAUCUCUGUAUAAAAGUAUUCAUGACACUGGAAAUUGUCAACAUUUUUUUUUUUUGCCUCCAUCUGCAAAUGGAACUGCUUGUAACAUGAGAGUGUAGCCAAUAAAGCAGUUGUCGCUGUAUAAGGAAGCCACCAAGUAACAAGAACUUCUACGUCUCAAAGAAUGCCAAAGAUAUGUUUGAAGGAACUAUUUAAACAUUGCAACACAAGGUCCACUGGUAGCUCUUCUGGAGCACUCCUCUGCAGCAGGCUUUGUUUCAACAUUUCAGAAAAUAUGAAAGUCAUAAAAAUACUAAAUGUUCAAAAAAUAAUUUUGAACAUUUCGAAUUCAUGACAACAGGGCAAGCUCUAUCUGCUGGUGAAGAUCAUGUGCUGCAGUUGAAAGCUCCAGAACAGCUUCUAAUGGAUUUUUUGCUUAAAUUUAAAAAAAAUGUGGAUUUAUUUAGACACAGUGUUGCCUUCUCACCGUCUGUCCACCAGAGUGCGCUGACAACUGUAAAAUGUCCGACUACAUACAGUAGUGUUCAAAAUAAUAGCAGUCCAAUGUGACAAACCAGAUUGAUCCAGGUUUUUAAGUAUAUUUUUUAUUGCUACAUGGCAAACAAGGUACCAGUAGGUGCAGUAGAUUCUCAGAAAACCAACAAGACCCAGCAUUCGUGAUAUGCACGCUCUUAAUGCUGUGCUAUUGGGCAAUUAGUUGAAAGGGGUGUGUUAAAAAAAAUAGCAGCGAGGUCAUCAAUUUUGUGAAAAAAACAGGUGUGAAUCAGGUCGCAAAAAUUCAACAAAUUUAAGAGCUCCUUGUCCCAAAUGUGUAUAUGUCAUGUAAAGUGAAUAUUGGUCAAAAUGUUUUUCAAAUGUUUGUAACCUCCAAUAUAGAUUUAUCUGCCUCAAAUUGCAGUGUUUGUCACGCUCUAAAAAAGGACUGAAUCAUUUCUAUUACAACAGAAUAAACAAGAAAUCUACUAAUUUUACGUCUCACCUUUUGUCAGACUAUUUCCAACGUCAAUAUGGAAGUCAAUUAUAUGGUUUAAAAUAAAAAGCUGAUAUAUUGUUAUUGUCAGUAUUAUGAUCCAGUCUCUGUUGGGCUUCACUGUUACUAAAUUAAAAGGCUGUCUUGGUGUUGUAAACAUUGUUUAUGGCCACACUCGUUUUUUGGACAUUUUCUAAACUUUGUGUCCCGACCCCGACCCCCUCAGUCUGGGUGUUUGACCACUUCACUUCCAUCACAGGGUCAUGUGGGAUGUGUGACAUAUUUUCUUUGAUGUUCUUUGAUCGUCUGUAUAUCUGAUGGGACACACAGGGACGUAAGGUCCAUUCUUCAUUUCUACAUGAGUGUGUUGGAGAACGAAGCUGAGUUCCACACUGAGCCAACCCUGUGAACAUGUUAAUGUAGCACCCCCUACCCACACCCCCUCCCUGCAGUCUUUGGUAACAGACGGUAUUAAACAGUUUGAGUCUGGUGUUGAAUUGUUACUUUGUAAAGUUUUUUUUUUCUUCGUCAACAGAAGACAAAAUAAACACUUCAUUGCCAUAUUCUGGAAAUCGAAGUGGAUGUUUGUCUCAUUUCUUUCCUCAUUUAUUAAAAAGCAGAGGUGGAAGUAAUUACACUUA